UAGUCUUUUUGUUUAGUGUGUGUCCAUAGUGACAACUUAGCCUCCAACCGCUUGUUGGAAAUAAGGAAGCCUUUUGAUUUCGAGGAAACAAACACCAAAACAUAAUUUACCUAUUUUAAAUAGGGCUCAGAUAUUGCAUCUCGAUAAGGUGUGGCAAGCUCUCUGCACCCACGGCAUCGGUGUCGGCUAUCAGGUGUUCCUAAAGAUACGGGUACAGAACCACUCUUUACCUUCAGUUCUCAAUAAGAGAAUAAUCCGCUUUUCAAUUGGUUUAUUACAUCAAAGAAAAGAUGAACUGGGGUUUUUUGGAAAACGUCCUGAGUGGAGUAAAUAAGUACUCCACAGUCAUUGGACGGAUCUGGCUCUCCAUUCUCUUCAUCUUCCGCAUCCUGGUGUAUGUAGCUGCAGCCGAGCAGGUGUGGAAGGACGAGAACAAAGACUUUGUCUGCAACACUCACCAACCUGGUUGUGAGAACGUAUGUUUCGACCAUUUCUACCCAAUCUCCCAGAUAAGACUCUGGGCUCUCCAGCUCAUCAUGGUGUCAACCCCCUCUCUGUUGGUCGCUCUACAUGUGGCCUACCGCGACUACAGGGAAAGCAAGUAUAAAAGGAAGCUAUACGAAGAUAAAGGCAGGAUUGAUGGAGGCCUACUGUGCACCUACAUUGUCAGCCUCAUCUUUAAGACAACUUUUGAGGUGGGGUCCCUAUUGGCCUUCUACUUCCUGUACAGCGGCUUUGAUGUUCCCCGUUUGCUCCGCUGCAGUGAAGACCCUUGUCCCAACACUGUGGACUGCUACAUCUCCAAAGCCACGGAGAAGAAAGUCUUCCUUUACAUAAUGGGCUGCACAUCGAUUCUGUGCAUUGUAUUGAAUAUUGCAGAAAUGAUGUACAUUAUAUCUAAACACUGCUGGAAAAUGUUCAGCAAACGAUACAUUCCUGUUGAUGCGAAUUACCGUUACCAUUCAAAUAUCAUUAAUAAGUCAUCAACUCACCAACUCCAGACUUUCCCAAAUAAAGAUAUUCUGCAAAGUAAAGUCACCACUCAAUGUCCACCAAACACAACUGACGCAUAAAUUGUAUUAUUCGUUAAUAUUUGAUGUUGGGACAUCUACUGGGCUAUCUGCUUCUCUAAGACGGAUUUUCAUUUAAUGUACAUUACAAAGACUACCAUUCUAUUUAUAAUUCUUACAAAUGUCUUUUUUUUAUUAAAAGCAAAACAAUGUAAUGACUGAAUGUAAUAA